AAAAUCGCCAUCAUCGGCGCUGGCCCAGGAGGCACCAUGCUCGCGCGCCUGCUCCACCAAUCCUCCAUCCCAACCACCAUCUUCGAAGCCGAGACGUCCAUCGACGACCGCUCGCAAGGCGGCUCCCUGGACCUCCGCGCCGGAACCGGUCUCCUCGCAAUGCAGAAAGCCGGCCUAUUCCAGGAGUUCCUAAAGCUCGCCCGGUACGACGGCGAGGCGCUGCUGCUCUGCGACAAGAGGCAGACGACGUGGAUGGCGCGGCCGGCGGGGGACGCCGCGCGCAAGAGUGCGUUGCAAGAGGCGCCGGAGAUCGAUAGGGUGUUGUUGCGGCGCUUGCUGAUCGAGAGUAUCCCGGAUGGCUGCGUACGCUGGGGACGGAAGGUCGUGAGCGUGGAUGAGGAUCGCGGGUUGCAUUUUGCGGAUGGGAGUGUUGAGAGGGGGUUCGAUCUCGUGGUUGGGGCGGACGGCGCGUGGAGUAGGGUGAGGAGGUUUCUGUCUGAGGAGGUGCCGGCGUAUGCGGGGCUUGGGGGGUAUAUGUUGGAUGUUCCUGCUGAUGCUGAGAUGCGUGCACCGAGGGCGUUCGGGUUUGUGAAUAGGGGGAGUGUGUUUGCGUUUUCUGAUCAGAAGAGUUUGAGUGGGCAGUUUGUCAGUGACAAGAGCAUCAGGGUCUCGACGUGGAGUGUCCGCGACGAGAAGUGGAUCGCGGAGAAGGGAGAGGAUGCAUCUGAUCCGGUGAAAGUCAAGGCGGAAUUGCGACAGGUUUUCGAGGACUGGAGCCCGGAUCUUUUGAAUCUCAUCGAUAGUACAGAUGGACCCGUGUAUCCGAAGAACCUCUACACUCUUCCCGUGGGCUUCAAAUGGGAGCAUCAGGAAGGCGUGACUCUCCUCGGCGAUGCCGCACACCUAAUGACGCCUUUCGCUGGCGUCGGGGUCAACACUGCUCUCUAUGAUGCCAUGUUACUCUGCAGAGCCAUUGUGGAAGCCCAAAAUUCACCAACGCCUGCUGCAAGUUUAGACAAAAGUAUCAUUCAAUACGAGAAGACUAUGUGGGGACACGCACAUAAGGCCCAGCAGAUGUCCUACGAUGCAAUGGUAGACAUGAUAUUCACACCUGGAGCACCACGGACCACAAUAGAGCGCUGGAUG